UUCCCUUUGUUAGGUGUGGCAACACUCUAGUUGAAUUUAUAUUGAAUUGCAUAAACAAAAAGAAAAACCCGUCCUGUGUCGCUAUUUAUUCAAUUAAAAACACCGAAAUGUCGUUUACUAUAAUGCAAAAACUGUCGCUACAGUGUCUCAAAGCAGACCAGCCACUGAUAACCACCAUACGUAAUGCCAGUAAGAAAACCGGCGGCAGCACCCGGAACAAGAAAGGACAUCCCAGACCAAAGCACCGUGGGUGGCGAGUGAUGGACGGACACAUUGUCUCUGAAGGCACAAUACUGGCCACACAGCUGACAACGCGCUUCCAUCCAGGCUUGAAUGUGGGCUUUGGGCGCAACGGAACUCUGUUUGCCAUGGAGCACGGCAAAGUUUACGUGACCUGCGAGACAAUUGACCCGAAUUGGGAUCACACCUGGGUUCAGAGAAACUAUGCCGGACGACAGGACCAAACCAUCUAUAAGAAGUUUUUCAACGUUAUUCCAGAGAAGCAGCACCAACGCUUUCGCUUGGUGGAAGAAAUUUAAAAUGUUAUAAAUAAAAGCAAUAUUUUAUUAAA